AAUUCCUCUCCCACUUUUCAUGGCUCUGUAUCCAUGGUUAAUUUCGACGAUACCCGAGGAACAAAGACUAAAGAGAGGUCAUUCUUCCCUUCACUUGACAAGGAAGAAAAUACCAACGAGGAUUAUGAAGUAUCCUUUCACCAGCCCGAAAAGAAAAGGCGACUAUUGCCAAAACAAGUUCAGUUUCUUGAGAAAAGUUUUGAGGUAGAAAACAAGCUUGAACCAGAGAGAAAAAUCCAAUUGGCUAAAGAAACUGGAUUGCAGCCUAGGCAGGUUGCUAUUUGGUUUCAAAACCGACGAGCCCGGUACAAGAGUAAACAACUUGAGAAGGAUUAUGACGUGCUAAAAGCUAGUUCCUAUAUAAAGCGACACCUUUUUAAAUUCAAGGACAUAGGGAAAAAGUAG